GCCUCAAAAAGCUAAAAAAAAAAUCGCACUGAAGCACUUUAGCUAAGCUAGCUAGCACGCUAGCUCUUCUUCAUAUGUGAUUCCAGAGAAGAAAGGAGUAUCAGGACAGGAGCAGUAGUUCAUGGAAGACAAGAAAAGGAAAAAAGACGACAAAAGGAAAAGGGAAGCCUCUCAGAAGGUCACAGAACAAAAAAACAAAGUGCCAGACUUGACCAAGCCGGUGUCUGCCCACUCUCCUGCCACUCAGAGCAGCUCUGCCUCCCCCAGCCCUGGACCCACCCCUUCUGCCUCCCCAUCCCCAGCCACCUUGGGCCCUGGCAGUGCUGCCUCCCCGUCACAGGGCGGCAACAAUGCCAAGCGCCUGGCGGUGGCCAACGGACAGCCCACCUCCACCACCAUUUCUUCCUCCACCGCUGGCGGUCCCGGUGCUGCUGGAAACGGCAGUACAAGUAGCGGAGGCGGAGCCCAAGCGCCUCAGCAGCAACCGCGCUACAUGCCGAGAGAAGUGCCGCCGCGAUUCCGCUGCCAGCAGGACCAUAAAGUGCUACUGAAGAGGGGUCAGCCGCCACUGUCCUCCAUGCUGCUGGGAGGGGGAGGAGGAGGGGAUGGCCCCAAUGCAAACAUGGCUGCUGUCUCAGAUUCUGGUGCAGCUGCCUCCUCCUCAUUGGCCCUCACCUCAUCAUCAGUUGCUGCUUCUACUACUACUUCUAAUUAUGCAAAUUCCAUGUGGGGGGCAAGCUCAGGCAGCCAGGCCUCCUCUCAGGGCAGGGAGAAGGUGAUCGUUGAUGGCAACGACCUGGAGGAGUGGCCUAGCAUCGCUGGCAGUGAAGGGGUAGGAGCUUCUUUCACUGGGGCUGGAGGGGGCAGCAGCAACAACGGAAUGCCUGUGAACAGCAUUAGUGCCUCUGGCAACCAAUCCUCACCCACUUCCUCGUUCUCUUUGCCCAAUGAAUGUAUGCAGUCGUCCAACGGUGUGGCGUGGGGGAUGGCUGCCUCCCAGGGUCAUCUUGGAGGAGGGAAUGCAGUAGCUGCAGCUGGGCCUCUGCUACAACAGCCCUCCUCAAUUUCCAAAGCCUCCGCUCUGCCAGGGAGCCAUGAUGCCAGUGGCCCCGUCGACGGCAGCAGUGGGAUUCCAGGUGCCAACUUCAAUCCAAAUGCCAACCCUUCGGCCUGGCCUGCCCUGGUGCAGCAGGAUGGGCCCGCUGCUGCAGGGGAAGGAGGUCCGUCUUCCUUCCAUCACCAGGGCCCUGGAGGGUCUUUAUCUGCCAACAACUCUGCUUCCCUGAGCCUGGCACUGGGAGGCGGGGCAGUCGGGGCUCCGGGGGGUCAGCCACCUUUAUCUGUGAAUCAAUCAAGCACCCAUCAGCGGCAACUUCACCAAAUGCAAUCCAGAGACAGAGAGAUGGGAGGGGGGAAGUGGGACAGCGAAUCAGCGGGACCAAAUAUCGUAGGGGGCGAAGGGAUUGGGGGAGGAAUGGACCGUGGUGUGGGAGGAAGCGAGACGAGUGUGGGAGACCACAGCCUUGCCUCCUCAUGGAGAGGCCAGUCUUCUUACCCUGCAGCUAACUCCAAAAUGGGUGCCUCAAGGACUGAUGGAUGGGAGGGUGGUGGAGGUGGCACAGGGGGAUUCGGAGCUGCUGAAGGAGAUAAUGGGACCUCGGGUUGGGGGUAUCAGAGUUCCACUAGUGGGGUUAGUGCUUGGGGCAGUGCUGGAACUGGGGGAAACGGUAGUCAAACCUCCGGGGUAUCUCAGGGAGGGUGGGGGUCAUCAGGAGUGGGAGGAGAGAGAGGAGUUUCGGGUGGUGAUUGGGGUGGGAGCUCCACCGGUAUUGGUGGAGCUAAUCCAGGAGGUGAGGCAAUUGGUGGAGCCUGCAGCAGUAACAGCAGCAGUAGUGGGGGCAGCACAGCUGGCAACCCCCCUGCCACCUCUUCCUCUUCCUCAACAGCCACCACUAUAACCAGAGCUUGGGACAAUCAGAAGGGGGAGAGUGAAACAGGGGAAUGGGGUGGAGGAGUAGAUGAACAGGGAGCACAGGGAGGAUCUUCAUCAAGUGGUGGAAAUUCCAGAAAUGGGGGUGGGCCUAACAGUAGACACAGUCGUCCUCCCCGCCCUGCACCUAAUGCUGAAGCUGCCUUAGAAAACCUGCUUAGCCGGUCUGAUCUGGACCCUCGGGUCCUCUCCAACACAGGCUGGGGCCAAACACAGAUCCGACAAAACACUUCCUGGGACUUUGAAGAACGUGGAGGACAGAGUAAAGGUGGAUCAUCAUCAGCUACAUCGAAAAACGCAUCUUCUCUUGGUGGUUCUUCUCAGUAUUCUGGUGGACCCAGGACUCUAAUCACUGAUUCAAUGGGUCCAGGGGUCAAUCCCGCCCUGGUUCCAUCUGCUGGGUCCUCCCGAGAGGGCUGGGAGAGCAGCAGCAACAGUAGCAGUAGUGGGGCCUCUCUGUCUGGGAGAGCCCCACCACCUUCAGGCCCUAACAUGAGAAAUCUUGGCGUCUCACAAUCAGGGCCAGUGACCACAACGGGACCUGGUAUGGGGUCAGGGGUAAUGCCAGGACAUAGCCAGCAGGGUAAGGCCACAGGCUGGGGCGGAGGAGGGACAGGGGCUGGGGAUGCCCAGCAGGGCAAGGGCUGGGGAAAUGAGGAAUGGAGAGACGGUAGUAGACGAGGAGGGAAUGGAGGAGGAUGGGGUGAUCCUGGGCAACAGGGUGACUCAGUGAGUGGAGGCUGGGGAGGAAAUAAGGAGGAGAAAGGGGGAGGGAAUGGAGGAGGGAGCGGGUGGGGAUCAGGACAGAAGGUUGGGGCAGGAAGGGACUGGGGAGAGCAACAAUCUAAAUCAAAUAGUGGAGGAGGGGGAUGGGAGGAUGACAGGAAGAAUGGGGGAGGAAACUCAGGUGGGGAUUCAGGUGUGGGUAGUUGGGGGAGCUGGGAUGAUGGUGCUCCUCGGCGAACCUGGGGAGCAGGUGGCACAGGGGGAGGUGGGAGUGGAGGAGCCGGGGUGGGUGUUGUUGGGGGCCAGGGGUCCAAACCCCAUCAAAGCUGGAGUGGAGGAAACAAAAUGCACCAGAUGCCAAACAGCCAGCCGGGCCCCAUCACAGGCCCGCAGGCACAACUGCAACAGCAACAAUCACAGCCCCGCAAUCAGCAUCCACAGCGACAGCAAGCGUUGGACCAAGGGGCUAUGCAAGGGGUCGGGGGUAGGAAACCCAUCUCUCAAGCCCAGAAUGCGAACCAAAGCUCAGGCUGGACCUCGGGGCCUAUUCCUGGUAGCUCCGGAGGAGGUGGAAGUGGAUCUGAACCAAGUGGCUGGGAGGAACCCUCACCCCAGUCUAUAAGCAGAAAGAACGAGAUAGAUGAUGGAACAUCAGCAUGGGGAGACCCAACCAAUUACAACUACAAGCCGGUCAACCUGUGGGACAAGAACAGCGCCCCUGCUGGGCAGCAACCACAUGACCAGCAGCCACAAUGCCAGGCUCCGGUUAAGCAGCAGCAGCAGCAGCAGCAGCAGCAACAACAACAACAACAGCAGCAGCAACUACAGCAGCAGCAGCAGCAGCAGCAGCAGCAGCAGCAGCUACAGCAGCAGCAGCAGCUACAGCAGCAGCAACAACUACAACAGCAGCAGCAGCAGCAACUACAGCAGCAGCAGCAGCUACAGCAGCAGCAGCAACAGCAGGCACCUACAAUACAGCAGCAGCCUAGCAGGCAAGCUGCAGGGCUUGGAGGUAACAGAGACUUCAACACUGGCCAUGGACCUGGAAAAACUUCAGCUAUUGGUCCGUCAGGUUGGGGUGGUACUUCUCCAACUAGUCCUACAGUUGACAAUGGCACAGCAGCUUGGGGAAAGACUACUGAAGCACCUACUGGCUGGGGAGAUCCUGAGGAUGCUGGAGGAAAGACAACGGGCUGGGGCAACCCUCCUCCCAACCCCAUCAAAUCUGGUUCAAAGUCUAUGCAAGAUGGCUGGGGGGAUAAAGAGGGCUCUGUGGCUGCCUCGCGUCACUCAAGCUGGGAGGAUGAGGAGGAGGGAACCGCCAUGUGGAACAGCGCCGGCUCCCAGGGAAGCAGCUCGUCUUGGGGACAGGGAAGCAAUGGGGGCUGGGGGCAGAGCCACCCCGGGAAGAAGCCCACCAACAAGGGUCCACUGAAGGUUGGCGGAGGAGACUCAUGGAUGAGCCCCAUCAACAAACAGUUUUCUAACAUGGGGCUGCUGAAUGAUGAUCCCAGUAGCCCAAACAUGGACAUGGCUCCGGGUGCUCUCCAGGAGAAGAAGAUGGAUGUGGAGAAAAGAGGCAUUGGGAUGGGGAUGGGGAUGGGGAUGAAUGAUUACAAUGGAGACUUAAGGAAGGGAGGAAGAGGAGGAGGAGGAGGGAUGGCUUAUCGUCCACCUGGUUCCAAAGAGGCAGCACCUGGGGAUACUGGGUCGUACUAUGACAAGGGCGGUCACAGUAUCUUUGGCAGUAGUGGAGGGAUGGGUCAGUCAAGACACCAGCCAAGUGUCCCACCCAUGAACCAGUCCCCAGGGAUACGAGCGCAAGUGCCUCAUCAGUUCCUGUCACCUCAGGUGCCAGGCUCCGUGCUGAAGCAGAUGCCCCCUCCCAGCGGGAGCGUGGGGGGUGUUGGUGGCGUAGGCGGAGUGGCAGGAGUUGGGGGAGGUGUGUUCCCUCCACAGCUGUCCCCCCAGCAUAUUGCCAUGCUCAGCAGCAUCUAUCCACCUCACAUCCAGUUUCAAUUGGCUUGCCAGCUCCUCCUGCAGCAGCAGCAGCAGCCGCAACAGCAGCAGCAACAGCAGCUACUGCAAAACCAGAGGAAGUUCCCACCGAAUGUGCGGCAGCAGGCUGACCCUCAACAGCUGGCCAGGAUUAUGGCAGUGCUCCGGCAGCAGCAGCAGGUCGGGGGGUUAGGCGGCAGCUCCAAGCUUUCCCCCUCCCACCAUGGAGGAAUCAGUGGAGGUGGCCCCAAACUGCCGGGGGCUGAUUCCCUGCCUCAUCCAGGCCUGGCGGGAUCUGUGGCUGAUCUGCACCAGAAAACUCUUGGAUCAUAUUCCGGAUUUGGUUCUGGGGUAAACCUUCCAGGUCUGGACCUUGGCGGCUCUGUAGUCGGGGGGCCUGGGGGCAUGAAGGACCUAGGGAUUCAGCAGUCCCGCUUCAAAUGGAUGAUGGAAGGACACUCUUCUCCAGACACCUCCUCACCUGAUAACGCAUUCCAUAAAAAUGGUCCUGUCACCCCCAUGAAGAUGCGGGGCUCGCCCUACUCUCAUUAUGACAUGAUGGUUGGGGACGGGCUGGGAGACAACUGGCAUCGCACCCCUGGCAACAAGAUGGGUCCCAAGCCUACAACCACGCCCAGCUGGCCCCCUGAGUUCCAGCCUGGUGUGCCCUGGAAGGGAAUCGACCGUGUCGACCCUGAUACCGACCCUUACAUGACCCCAGGGAGCAUGAUGGGAAACACCGUGUCCCCCAACCUCAAUGAUAACGAGCACCAGUUGUUACAAGACAAUACAGAUUCCACCCCUCCCCUCAACACCUUGCUGCCUUCACCUGGUGCCUGGCCCUACAGUGCCUCAGACAGUCCCCUCAACAACGCACACAACUCAGCAAAGUACACAGACUACAAGACUAGCUGGCCCCCAGAGCCCAUCGGACAUAAAUCCUGGAAAGCUAACCGUGGCAGCAGCAUGAGCCAGCUGUCCCGCCCACCUCCAGGACUAGCCAGUCAAAAGCAGCCAUCGCCUUCCCCUUGGUCUGGAGGAGCCCCUCGAUUGGCUGGCCGGGGCUGGGGCGGUGGCUCUAACACCACUGCCUCAACCUGGAGUGACGGCAGCUCUCGGGAAAGUUGCUGGUUGGUGCUCAGCAACCUCACACCACAGAUUGAUGGCUCCACUCUGAGGACCAUCUGCAUGCAGCAUGGCCCUCUGCUGACCUUUCACCUUGGCCUGACCCAGGGCACCGCUCUGAUUCGCUACGGCUCCAAACAGGAGGCAGCCAAGGCCCAGAGCGCACUCCACAUGUGUGUUCUGGGUAACACCACCAUCUUGGCGGAGUUCGUGAGCGAGGAGGAUGUGGCUCGCUACAUUGCACAUUCCCAGGCAGGAGGAGCAGGGAGCGGAGGAAGCACAUCCGGCUCUGCAGGCUCCGGGCCUACAGGCUCCUCCGCAGUGGGGUCCAACGGUAACGGAGGGAGCUGCGAUAGAGGUGGAGCAGGAGGCAGCAGCGGAGGUGGAGUAGAAGGAGGCUCCUCAGCUGGAGGAGCAGGAAAUGGAGGAGCCGGGCACUCCAGCUCUGGGUGGCAGAGUCUGGACAGCACAUGCAGCUCAUCGGACCAGUCUGCCACCCAGGGGCCCGGGCUGGGCGUCUUCGCCCAGUGGAGCAGCAAUGGGACCGGGGUGGGCGGUGCCGGAGGUGUAGAGGCCGGAAGGCAGGGUCUGUGGGGGGGAAUGGGUGGGAUGAGCGGGUCGGGGUACCCCAGCAGUAGCCUCUGGGGUUCUCCGGCACUUGACGAUCGUCACCAAAUGGGCAGCCCCGCCUCACUGCUGCCCGGGGACCUGCUGGGCGGGGGGUCUGACUCCAUCUGAGGGGCCGACUGACACACACACAUAUUAUACACCCAUGUUGUAAUACACAUGUCAUACUCUAUUUAUUUACAUGUAGAGAUGACGUGAAUUAAAGCUACAUUGGUCACCCAACAUGCAUUCUACACACAGGCUACAUGCAGUACAUGCACACAUUAUUUUCACACAUAUACAUUAAUUGUUUAACGUUAAAUGAAGACAUCAGUAAAACUUGAACCGGGGGAAAAAGGUGAAAUCCAUUAAACUCUUUAGGACUCAUCUGGAUAGCUCUUUGUCUUUUUACUCCAAAUCCCACCAUCUGCAUUCAGAGACCCGAUCACUCAGGCAUGCACUGUAGACAGGCUCAGCCAGAGUCCUUCAUGUCAACAAGUUUUAGCUAUUGCUGUUUUCAGUGUGCCACAACUUAUUUUCUUUUGUAUUGCUAUUUAAUGGUCUAAUCUCAAAAUUCAGACUUGCAGACUGAGCCCUCAUAGACCUGGCUGGCGUACUUCUAAGUUCUCAUGUUGGAAGCUUUAGAAUGGGGAAGGAUCCGGAGUUUGUAUAAAAAUGUGGACGGCGCCACACUACUGAGUCAAAUGGACGAUCAACAACCAUUGAGAUCUGGAAAAGGAGAGCGUUUUUAGUAGGUACCGGCACCUCUACCUUGGUGGAAAUAUGCCAUCAACAUGGGACCCAGGGUAAAAAAAAAAAAGAAAAGAAAAAUCAAAACCGAAACAACAUUAGUCAAACUUGCACUAUAUGCCUCUGGGUUUGUUGUUGACAAAUCCUCCACAAAUCCCUCCAUUUUUCUGAAACAGCUACAACACAACUACACAGACCUUACAGGACGACUUAAUGUUACAACAGCAGUGGCCUUGGCUAACAACCAGCGGCCGCACGCCCGCCAUGUCAGCAGCCUUCACAUCUUCUCAUCAGUUACACACUGCUCUUAUAUUUGACAAGCAAAAUUGUAUCUCCUUGUUGAUGUACGUCGGUUGUUUAUCUUUAUUUUUUUUCCGUUUUAAAAGAAAAGAGAAAUGUGUGAAACUUUGUGGAAAUUCAAAGAUGUCCUUUUUUUCCCUUCAAACACUGACCUCGCUAUUGUAUUUUUUCUUACUCGAGAAAUCAAGUUGGUUAUUAUAUAUUGUCAUGACGUUAAUGAUGACCAUGAUCACUUAUUUACUCGCUGUACAAGGUGCCCUCCUGCCUGCCUGUGAGUGCAUGAAAGGAGUGAUGACAGUAUGACCGACUGGAGGAGGAUGUUAUGAAGAUAAUAAUGAUAUCGGGAGUGUCUGUGUUAUUGCUACAAUGUUAAUUUUUUUUCUUUCCUUAUUGUCUAUGAGAGAUUCAUGAGUAAUGUGUUUGUGUGUGUGCGUGUGUGUGCGUGCUUGCUUUUGAACACUUAUCUGCUCCAGUCAGGAAAGUGAAAAAAUGUUAAUCUGACAGCUUAUAUUUGAGAGAAAGGGUGCGUUUGUGGAUGUGUGUACGUGUUUGCGUGCUUGACUGUCUGGAUAUUGUAAUAGCUGAAAAGUUCAAAAACAUUGGCACUAUUGCAUAUGUCUCUUAAGUUGUGUUUUUUAGCAGCAUUUUGUUCCUGUUUGUAUUUUUUUUUUCUGCCAAAUGCAAUAAGAGAAUAUUUUGUUUUUAUGACGAAGCAACCAACUGAAGGCAUUUCUAUUAAGAUGCCAAAUCCUACCAUACCAAGCUGAGCUGGAAGUGUUUUACAGACACAUUAAAGACAUUACCUGUUAUGUUUAACUGUUUGUUUUUUUGUUAUGUAUCAAUUUAAAUUAAGUCAGUCUUUAUUAUCACUCCUGUUCAGGAUGUUUUCAUUUAUUUCAGAUGUUACAAAAAGAAGAGGAAAUUAAUUUAAAGCGGAAAAGAACAAGAUAAUAAAGGUUGAAUUGAA